UAGCAAAAGUAAAAAAAAUUACAUUAAAUAUGUGUUAAUUAGUGUAACAAUGGGAGAUGCUGUUAGAAUAUGUAAGAUAUUGAAUUGCACUAAUAAUUAACAAACACUUACUCGUGGUGGUAUUGAGCAUUUGGUAUUUCUCUAGUGGCCUUUUUUCAUCUUCUAGUUUUAUUAGCUUGCAUAUAUACAGAUAUAUUCUGCUCUGCUUUAUCAAUGGCUGCAGCAAACUUUAAUCUCACCGUUGUUGCUGGUCGGAUCCUGAAGUUGCUGGGUUCUGAAGAAGAGCAUAUAGCACAGAAUGAAAUGUUGAUGGGGCUAAAGGAGAUCAUUGAAGAGCAUGCUCUUGUGCUUCUUCAUGCAGAGAACAUGUGUUUGCAGGGCGACGAGGUCGUGCGUAGUUGGAUGAUGAAGCUUGAAGAUGCACUGUGUGAUGCAGAGAACUUGGUAGAUGAGUUGACUAGUACUGGAAAUGUAAUGGCGAUUAAUCAUUUAAUUCCUAAUUGUUUCAUCUCACCACAUACUCCCAAGAUGUCUAAUAAUAAGGAGGUCAACAGAGUUAGGAGGAGACUAGAACAACUUGCGUUUGAGGGAAGAGAUUUCCAUCUGGAUAAGCUUAGUGAGAAACAAGUUGGUACCAUGAAACCAGACAUUAAUCAUGCUGCAGUAGUCCAAGAAGAAUUUUUUCUUUCUAGAGCCGAUGACAAAGCAGCAAUCUUAAAGUUUGUGUCGAAUCCAAAUCAGUCCGAUCAGGUGAAUGUUGAAGUUCUUCCCAUAAUUGGCAAGGCAGGAAUUGGGAAAACCGCGCUUGCGAAAGAAGUGUUCAAUGAUGAGAUGGUGAGAGAUCAUUUCGAGUUAAGAAUUUGGGUAAGUGUUGGUGUUGUCUUUGAUCUCAUACAAAUUUUGACAACUAUACUUGCACACGCAACUAACCGAGCAAUAGAGGAUCUUGAAUUUGAAGUGCUUGCAUAUGCAUUGAAAGGAAAGCUGUACCUUAUUGUAUUAGAUGACGCGUGGCAUGUAGACACUGAGGAAUGGGAUGUGCUAAGAAAUAUUCUACGUGUUGGUGCACACGGAAGCAAAAUAAUUGUAACCACCCGAAAUGAGGAGGUUGCUAAAAUUACAGGCACCAUGGCAGCGUAUAGCUUAAACAUGCCUUCGGAGGAGCAGUCUUGGCUUUUAUUUAGAAAAAUGGCUUUUAAAGAAGAAGAAGAAGAGCCUUCGGAGAGGUCUUACCAGAAAGAAAUCGGAAGGGAGAUUGUAAAAAUGUGUAGAGGAGAUCCUGUUGUGAUAAUGAUGUUAGAAAGCCUGUUAAGAACAAGUAGUUCAGAAGAAGAGUGGCGAUCAUUCUAUCAAAAUGAACUUCAACCCAUAAGAAAUGAAGGACUUCUGGGACUGAUGGUGCUGUGUUACAAGCAUCUUCCUUCAACUUUAAAACAUUGUUUCGCUUACUGUAGCUUAUUUCCAGAAGAUCACGAGUAUGAUGUCCAAACAGUCAUAAAGUUGUGGAUGUCACAAGGCUUUAUUAUUGAGUCACUGACUGGUCAAGAUCAAUCUCCAGAGGAUGCUGGUUAUGAUUAUGUUUUGGAAUUACUCAGAAGAGGUUUCUUCCAAGUAUCUCAAAUAGACACAAGGGACAGGGUGAUCAAAUUUGAAAUACACUAUUUAGUGCGUCGUCUUCUGGAAAUGGUAGCAGAGGACCAUUGCAGAAUGUUGAAAUCAUGUAUUCUUCCUGGAAUCCAUGUCUUCAUGAAUCAAGAAAUUGAAGUACGUAAUAUGCGAUCGAUGGUUGUGCCAUUUCAGUCACUACAAUGGAUACGAGGUUAUCAACUUCUUGAUAUUACAGUGUCUAGAUUUAUAUUUAUACGGACACUAGAUAUGCAUGGUUUGGGGAUAAACAGAGUACCAUCUUCUAUUACAAACUUGAAGCUUCUCAAGUAUCUUGAUCUUUCCGAAAAUGAGGAUAUAACAGAACUGCCUCAUUCAAUCACCAAACUUUUAAACUUGCAAACUUUGAAACUCUCUUCAUGUUAUCGGCUUAAGAGGUUGCCAAGAAGAGGCUUUGAGAAUCUGAUCAAUCUCCGGCAUCUUGAGAUCGAUGGCUGCUACAAUUUGACCAGUCUUCCUCGAGGCAUUCAUCAACUGACCAAUCUUCAGAUAUUAUCUCAACUUGCAGUAAGUGAUCAGGGCACCUCUCCAAAUAUUGGAUUUAAUGCAUUUACCAAAGAGGUUGAUAUCAAAAAUUUGGGGCAUGAAAAGUUUGAUAUGAGCAGUUAUUUGAAUGUGGUAUCAGGGGUUCAAUCAUUGUCUUUGAAAUGGGAAAGUAAUGCACCUGAGUCCAAUGAGCACAAAACGCCACUACAGAGUGAGUUGUUGUUAGCUCUUAAAGAACUGACUCUGCUUGGUUUUAGGGGAAACAUCUUAUUCUCUGCUAACUGUCCAAGCAAUUUGGUCAAGCUUUCAUUGCGCAAAUGUGUUAACUGCAGUAGCCUACCAGCACUUGAAGGGUUGUGGAAUCUUAAGGUACUUGUAUUGGAUGAACUUAUCAAACUCGAAUAUAUUUCGAAGAAUGAGAAUGCUUCUUCAGUAGCCACACCCUUCUUUCCUUCCCUGAAAGAACUAUGGCUCACAGAACUACCUAAGCUACAGAGUUGGUGGAGAAAUGAAGGCAUGAAUGUUGAUGUGUUGCCGUCAUUCCCUUGUCUUUCAAAAUUAGUUAUUGAGGAUUGUCCCAAACUCACUUCCAUUCCUCUAUUCCCAACUCUUGAGGAAGGUUUGGCUCUAGACUCAACUUGCUGGAAGCCAUUUCAACUCACCUUAAACAAGAAAACUGCACCCCAAGAAGCAUCAUCCUCGUCGUCCUCGCCAUCAUCUCUACCACUCUCCAACUUAAAGGCUCUCCGGAUUGUAGGCAUUGAAAACUUCUAUGGUGAUGAAAUUGAGUGGAGAACUCUAAAAAGCUUAGAAUUCUUGAGAUUUGAUUCUCUUCCAAACUUGGUGAGUCUUCCUGAGGGGCUUCAACAUGUAGUCAGCUUGAAAGAAUUCCAACUCUGGCGCUGUGGUACUGAGGAAAUCCCUGAAUGGAUAGGCAAACUCCAUAAUUUAAGCAAACUCAUGAUUUGCUUAUGUCCUAAUUUGAAAUCGCUACCUGAAUCGAUUCGGGAGCUUAAACUUCUAGAGACACUAGAGAUUGAAGAGUGUAACACCUUAUUAAGGAGAUGCGAAAAGGAGAUUGGUGCAGAUUGGGAAAAGAUUUGUUUGAUCAAAAAUCUGCGUUUGGGUAGGAUUUAUGACAAAUGAUCCACCCACUCACUCACUCAGGAGGAAUUGCUUCACAUGCUUCUUUCCUUGAUUCUCCUAUUGGUUGUUUAGUUCUGUUGUAGAGUUUGUAAUGUCACUAUUGUGUUGUGUGGAUUUGUUUGGCUUGUGCUUUUUUUUUUUAAUUUAUUUCUGAUGACAUUAUAUUAUAUGGUAUUAUGAUAUCAUAGUUUGAUGUAUGAAUGAAUGUAUUAUGUAUGGAUUGGAUACUGCCUUGGGGUUUUUUCAGCAUAUAUAUGAUUAUCUGAUGAUGCUUUUUCCCCUUGGUAUGUAUGUAAGUCCACCCUUUUAUUACAACAUAUUAUUAAGGCCUCUUACUCUAUUACUAACACAAUGAGCUGUCUGAUUCUGAUUGGUUUGAUGUUAUAAAGUGUCAAUCAUUUGAGUAGCAAA